UAAAGAUGUUAAAAAGAAAAAAAAAGAAACAGCCUAAGCGUGUGGUAACUCCCCUGAAAGUAUGCUAGACCCUAAAAUAGCUUGUCUGCCCUGCUUCCCACUUCAACUGAUUAUGAUCAUCUUGCUUGAUUAAAAGCAGACAUAAUAGUAACUGAGAAUUUGUUAUUAAGCAAAUGCUUAAUUAAACUGAGAUUAGUUGUUAAGCUAGAACUUGAGGCUUAGGAAGAAAAGAAGUGGACAUCUAAGAUCAAGCUAUGGAGAAAGAAAAAGUGUGAUUAGAAUCAAUUAUAUAUUCUGCCAGAUGGAAGACCUGAUGAAUGUCCGAGUCUCUCCAAAGUCCUUGAAACAUCAGUGAAGGGAGGGAGCCUGGUGAGACAAUGGGCAGCAGGUACUUGGGAGUUGUCUAGUAACUUGGUGGUGGGAGGAGGGACUAGCUCAGGACCCAGGGAAACGUCUGCGCUGGGAUUGCUGCCUUCAGAGAGUUGGAGAGGCAAGAGGCUGAGGACUGAAAACGAGACGGGGAGUGAUUCUCAGUGACCAGCAGUAUCCCAAAGAAAGGAAGCUGCCGGCCUGGACUGCCAGCGAUGGCCGGCACUGCGUUGCAGCUCUGAACCCACCGCUCUGCCUCCCCACCGUGAGAAUUUGAGCUGGAGAGCCAGCAUGCCCUGGUAAGUGGAAAUACUGCCACUUCAAGACAUGGAGUCAUCUUUCUCAUUUGGAGUGAUCCUUGCUAUCCUGGCCUCCCUCAUUAUUGCUGCUAAUGCCCUAGUGGUCAUGGCUGUGCUGUCGUUGAUCCACAAGAAUGAUGGUGUCGGUCUCAGCUUCACCUUGAAUCUGGCUGUGGCUGACACCUCGCUUGGCCUGGCCAUCUCUGGCCUAGUCACAGACCAGCUCUCCAGCUCGGCUCGGCCCACACAGAAGACCCUGUGCAGCCUUCAGAUGGCAUUUGUCACUUCUUCUGCAGCUGCCUCUGUCCUCACGGUCAUGCUGAUUGCCUUUGACAGGUACCUUGCCAUCAAGCAGCCCCUCCGCUAUUUCCAGAUCAUGAACGGGCUCAUGGCCGGGGCCUGCAUUGCCGGGCUGUGGUUGGUGUCUUACCUCAUUGGCUUCCUCCCACUCGGGGUCCGCGUAUUCCAGCAGACCGCCUACAAGGGGCCCUGCAGCUUCUUCGCUGUGUUUCACCCACGCUUCGUGCUGACCCUCUCCUGCGUUGGCUUCUUCCCAGCCCUGCUCCUCUUUGUCUUCUUCUACUGUGACAUACUCAAGAUUGCUUCCAUGCACAGCCAGCAGAUCCGCAAGACAGAGCAUGCAGGAGCCCCAGCCGGGGCUCACCGGCCCCCACGGACCCCCAGUGACUUCAAGGCUGUCCGCACUGUGGCCAUUCUCAUUGGCAGCUUCACUCUGUCCUGGACCCCGUUCCUUAUCACUAGCAUUGUGCAGGUGGCCUGCCAGGAGUGCCACCUCUACCCAGUGCUGGAACGGUACCUGUGGCUGCUUGGUGUGGGCAACUCCCUGCUCAACCCACUCAUCUAUGCCUAUUGGCAGAAGGAGAUACGGCAACAGUUCUCCCAGAUGGCCCUGGGAAUGAAGAAGGGGCUCGCCGCAUUCCUCCUCCUUCUCUCAGCCAGGGAUGGUGGCCCACAGGGGCCCAGGGAAAGUGCCCGUCACAUCACCACCAUCUCCCACUCAGAGCUUGACGGCUAAGAUGGUAAGGGCAGACAAGUUUCAAAGUGCCCCUCUCUCCCUUCUCAGAGCCCCAGCUAGGAGACCAGGUGGAGCUAGGGAAAAGAGAGCACUUGCUUCCAGCAACU